AUGCCUCAUAAACGCAAAAAACGAUCCGAGCGUAAUAAUAUCGUUAAUCAAACAUUAAGUUACAACGAAUCCCCAGACUUGGAUAAGUUACCAGACACUCCACGCGGAUUUUCACGGAUUUUACGUGCAAAAGAAAUUCGCGAGGAAAAAUUUGGAGAGAAAAGAUCAUCCUCAUCAUCUACUAUUGAUAAACGGAAAUCAAAGCAACAUCCACCGUCGUUACAAAGAUUAAACAAUGAAACAUUUGCUUAUUCUAGCAGACGGAUUGGUGGCAAAAUGCGUUCUGAUAUUCUGAAAUCAAUAAAAGAAGGAACAUCAACAAAAAUCAAAAAGAAAAGGUUUCUGUUAAAAGAAUCAGGGGUUAAAGAUUUCGAUUCAUUCCAAGAUCAUGUAAAAUUUGGAGAAGUGGUUAAAGCUCCUCCAUCGAUUACUGCUAUUCCAAAACAACGAGGAUCCGCUGAAUUGAUGAAAAAAAUUAAUAAUGAUGGAUUUGACAGCAACAAACAUCCAAAAAAUAACAAAAAAGAUUCAAAGAAUAAAAAUCCAGCAAUCAAACGUAUUCUUUCGGUAGAGCGAGAACGAGCUAUUGCACAGUAUCGGAUGUCACAAUCACCACCACCACAAUCACCGCGGUCACCACAAUCACCACAAGCAAGAUUUGUACUAGAUCCACAGCAUCCACAAUCCUAUGGGAGAACAGGAGGAUGGAGUGAUUUAAAUCGUAAUCGAUCUAUGACCAGACCAGAAAGAUAUCGACCACGACCUACAAUGAUAAAUAAUCAUCAAAGCGGAGUAUCCGAUCCCCAUCAUCCACCUCAAUAUCAACCUAUUUCACCACAACAAAGAAGAUUAUCGAGAUAUGGAAGCGUUGGUGGUGGCAACAAUAACAAAAAAAAAGAGAAAAAAGACCUGUUGGCAAAUUUUCAUUUUUGGCCUUUUUUUGCCAAAGUUAUUACUUUCUGGUCACCUUCUUUUAUCCUGUCAAAAUGCGGGUUGCGUGAUCCUUUAGUACAACAGGCUUGGCGAGAAAAGGUUACUCUAUGUGCGAUUAUUGCAUUUAUUUGUCUCCUAUUGGCAAUAUUAACAUUUGGUCUACGCCCAGCCCUAUGUCCCGAGAAUACGUUAUCAUCACGUUCCGCGUACUCUACCCGACGACCCGACAAUUCCCUCGAAAAAGUUUAUCGAGAUGACGUGAUAAUCUAUGGAAAAAUCUAUAAAUUCAAUAUAGUUCAAACCUAUUUAAAACAGCGACAGAUCGACUUGAAUAAUGAUUACAAAGGAGCCGAUCUGAGUCAAUUAUUCAACAAUGCGGGUACCUUAUGUAAUCGAUAUGAUGUCUCUCUUACUAAUAAGACUGCACCGUGUAGAGUAGAGAAUCCAUUUUCUCCGGGUAUUUUCUUGCAGACUUCUGAUGGUAAUUGUUUGCCAGCACCGGCAGGCGGGAAUCCGAAUAGUUUGGCAUAUGAAUGGUUUGAUAUUCUUCCUAAUAAUAUAAAUCCACGCCCUUUUUUGAUUGUGUAUAAUAACGCUGUAAUAAACAUCACCAAAUACGCAACCGAUAAUAAUCCAUAUUUUGGUGAGGACGUACACCGAGCGCUCUCAAAAGUUAUCGCAAAAGACGCGACACAACUGUUAUAUUCUCGUCCAAAGUUCCAAAACGCCAUGAAAUGCAUCGAGAAAAGAUACGCGGCCGGCGUGUUAUCCACCCAAACGAUCGGUUGUUUCGCCACAAACAUAAUCAUGCUUGUCUCGUUGGUGGUGAUUUUGACGGUGAUAGUGACGCGAUUUUUUAUGGCAAUCGUGUUUAGUUGGUGCAUGUCGAGUAAGCUCACUAAAGUGGUAAAGACAAAGAAUGGGUUGUUGCAGGUGAAAGGUGAUCCAUUGUAUACGGUUAUGUUGGUCACGUGUUAUUCUGAGGGAGAAAGUGGCCUGCGUACGACUUUGAGUAGUUUGGCUUCUACUGAUUAUAGAGAAGGAAACGACAAAUCAACACCUGAUAUUUGUUUGGAUCUUAUUGAAUUACCACCAGACAUACCUGAACCAGAACCAUGUUCAUAUAUUGCUAUUGCAGAUGGCGAGAAACAAUUCAAUUUGGCAAAAGUGUACGCAGGACAUUAUACACAUGAAAGUCAUAGGAUUCCCGUUAUUCUAAUCAUCAAAAUUGGAAAUGAAAAGGAAGCAGCAGCUGCUAAACCUGGUAAUCGUGGAAAACGAGAUUCACAAGUAAUCCUGAUGAGUUUCUUUCAACAUGUCUAUUGGAACGAUCGUUUCACCGAAUUGGAUUAUGAAUUGUUUUGGAAGAUUUAUUAUUUGAUGGGAGUGACUGCUGACAAAUUCGAACUAGUAUUGAUGGUUGAUGCAGAUACCAAAGUAUCACCCACUUCACUCACUUACAUGGUCUCUGCAAUGAAAACAGAUCCAAUGAUUAUGGGACUAUGUGGCGAAACACGUAUAGCCAACAAGACAUCAUCAUGGGUAUCAGCAAUUCAAGUAUUCGAAUACUUCAUCUCCCAUCAUCUGGGUAAAGCAUUUGAAUCGGUAUUUGGGGGUGUAACCUGUUUGCCUGGAUGUUUCUGCAUGUACCGCUUAAAAGCACCUAAAGACGGCCAAUGGGUUCCAAUUUUGAGUAAUCAAGACGUGGUCUCGGAAUAUCAACAAAACAUCGUCACAACAUUGCAUUCCAAAAAUCUGCUGCUACUCGGAGAAGAUCGAUAUCUGAGUACACUGAUGCUUCGAUCGUUUCCGAAACGUAAGAUGAUGUUUGUCCCAGAGGCAAUGUGUCAUACAAUUGUGCCGGAUGAGUUUUGGGUACUGUUGUCGCAGCGUCGUCGGUGGAUUAAUUCUACGGUGCAUAAUUUGUUGGAGUUGGUGUUGGUUAGUGAUCUUUGUGGGAUUGCCUGUUUGUCGAUGCAAUUUAUGGUGAUGCUGGAGUUGAUUGGAACCGUCGUGUUGCCGGCUGCUCUUUGUUUCACAAUUCUCUUAAUAUUAGUGACUAUUCUCACUAAAGAUCCAGAAUUUAUUCCAUUGCUGCUAUUAGCCGCGGUUUUGGGAUUACCCGGAGUAUUAAUUGUUAUUACAACGCGAAAAGUGGUAUAUGUCCUGUGGAUGAUUGUCUAUUUGUUAGCCCUUCCGAUCUGGAAUUUUGUUCUACCCGUAUACGCAUACUGGCAUUUUGAUGACUUUUCAUGGGGAGAAACGCGUAAAGUAUCUGGUGACGAUGGAGGUGACGACCAUGGCAAAAAAGCCGGAGUAUUUGAUACGUCUAUGCUCGUGAUGAAAAAAUGGGAGGAUUGGGAGCGUGAACGAAAGUGUAUGACACUGAAAAAGGUUCCGUUUCGUAGUAGUAUUAGUGAGACUUCUAGUAGAACUAUGAUUGCUGCCAAUGAACGAAAUAAUCAACAGCAGCAAGGAAAUCAACAGCAGCAAGGAAAUGGGUCUCCUCAUCAUCCUGUGAGAUACCUCGCAUCAGAUACGACUUUGAGCCCACCUAAACCUUUAUAUACCAGUAAUAGAAGUGUAAAUAGAUCGUCAUAUGACCAAAGUCAACAUUCUACAUCACAAACAAGUUUAAUUUCAACUCCUUCAUCAUCACGUGGUCGUGUCUCACCAUUCAUAAAUCCUACAACAACAGCACCAUCACCAAUUAUAUCACAAGAACAAAAUCCAAAUUUCUAUUCACAUCACCACUUCACAUCUGGUGGACCUACGAGUUCGCCUUCACAAACACCUUCGGCGUCACGUCGAAGUUUAUCUCGUCGAAGUUUAUCUCCGAUUGAUUCCAGGCAAAGUGUACCGAUGCAGUUUCCUCCGCCAAGGCAUGACUCUGGAUAA